AUGGAAUCAGGAAACCACACAGAAAUAUCAGAAUUCCUUCUCCUGGGUCUCUCAGAGGAUCCUCAACUGCAGCCCUUCCUCUUUGGAGUGUUCCUGUCCAUGUACCUGGUCACCAUGCUUGGAAAUCUGCUCAUCAUCCUGGCCAUCAGCUCUGACUCCCACCUCCACACCCCCAUGUAUUUCUUCCUCUCCAACCUGUCUUUUGUAGACAUCUGCUUCAUCUCUACCACUGUCCUGACGAUGCUAGUGAACAUCCAGACACAGAACAAAAAUAUCUCCUACAGAGGAUGUCUCACUCAGAUGUAUUUUUUUAUGGUUUUUGGUGGAAUGGAUAAUUGCCUCCUGACUGUGAUGGCCUAUGACCGGUUUGUGGCCAUCUGUCACCCCCUACACUACAUGGUCAUCAUGAACCCACGCUUCUGUGGCCUCUUGGUUCUGAUGUCUUGGGUCAUUAUUUUCUGUAUCUCCCUGUUUCAUAUUCUACUGAUGGUGCAGCUGACCUUCUGUAUAGGCACUGAAAUCCCACAUUUCUUCUGUGAACUGGCUCAGGUUCUCAAAUUAGCCUGCUCUGACACCUUCAUCAAUGACAUCUCCUUGUAUGUGGUCACUACCCUGCUGUGUGUGUUUCCUCUCACUGGGAUCCUCUUUUCCUACUCUCAAAUUGUCUCCUCCUUAAUGAGGAUGACCUCCACUGAGGGCAGGUAUAAAGCAUUUUCCACUUGUGGGUCUCACCUAUCUACAGUCUCCUUGUUCUAUGGGACAGGCCUCGGGGUCUACUUCAGUUCUGCUGUGACCCGUUCUUCCCAGAGAAGCUCGAUCGCCUCAGUGAUGUACACCAUAGUCACCCCCAUGCUGAACCCCUUCAUCUACAGCCUGAGGAACAAGGAUGUGAAGAGGGCCCUGGGAAGGCUCCUCAGACAAGCAACCUCUUGUCUGUGA